AUGCUCUUCGCCAAGUCUCUCCUCGCCAGCGUUUUCGCUCUCACCGCUGCAGCCCUUCCCCAUGUCGCUCGGGACAAUGCCGGCAGUGGCAGUGUCAACUUUGUCAACAACCUGGACACCGAUGUUUACCUCUGGACAACAUCUGCCGACCCCGGCACCAUGCACACCUUGCCCAAGGGCGGCGGUACCUACAAUGAGGGCUGGAAGAUCAACCCCAACGGCGGUGGCAUCUCUAUCAAGCUGUCAACCACUGAAUCGCAAAGCAGUGUUCUCCAGUUCGAGUACACUGUCGACAAGGAGACACUGUACUGGGAUCUGUCCUCCAUCGACAUGAACCCGGAUUCGCCCUUCAUCAAAAGCGGAUUCUCCGCCAUCCCCAGCGAUUCUAGCUGCACCACCGCCACUUGCAAGCCCGGUGAUGUCAACUGCGCCGAGUCUUACCAGCACCCCAACGAUGUCAACACUCUUUCUUGCUCGGUCAACGCGCAGUACACCGUCACCCUGGGAUAG